GUCAGCGAGAACGGUUGAAAAGUGGAAUUGCCAUUUGGAGCAAAAUGAAUUCCAAUUGAACGAAAUUUUUGAGUGAAGUACCUCAAACAAAACAGAAUAAAAAAUCUUUAUGAAGAAAAUCGAGCAAUUGGCACCACACUUCAUAAAGCGUGAAAUCGAACAAGUCGCACCGAAAAUAAUAAGGCGCGAAGUGCAAAAUAUCGCUCCAAAAGUUUUAAAAACGCUGACACCCUGGUAUAUCCGUUGGUUUUAUUCACUGUUCGGUGAUAAUCUUAAAAUGGCCACUUCAUCAAUUGCCCCAGAAAAUCCAACCGCUUCGGAUAGCGUCCUGAAAUCCAUGGAUGCAAAUCGAUAUGCAACCAAAAAAACGAUCGCUCAAGGUAUGCUAGAUAUAGCACUGUUAACAGCAAAUGCAUCACAACUCAAAUAUAUAUUACAAGUUGGACAAAAACAUGAAUUCUACACACUCAUGCUGAUACUGAUUAGCGUCUCAAUUAUUAUGCAGGUAGCUGCUGCCUGCUUAUCAGUGGUCAUUUUAACGAUCAACAUUAACAAGUCAAUUAAACAGCGAGAAUUGGCAAAUCGUUUAGUACAUUUGUCGCUUGGCUUUGUUUUUGUUUCCACAUUUUUAAAUGUUAUCAAAAUGAACUUCGGUUUAGAUCCAGCCAUUUAAAUUGCGACAUGUUCAGUUCAUAUAUGAUAGAGAUUUGUUGUUGAAAUCAUCCACUUUUAUGUUGAAGAAAAGUCUAUAGAAAACAUCGAACGUAAUCCAUUUUUAAUUAAAUCGACUUUAUUUAAAGUUUUUCAAAAAUAUGCAAUUGCUUCGCAUGCGGACAUUGAUGCACACAAUUACGAUUCUAAAAUUAUACUCAAUCACAUAUAUUUGCAAUAGUGACUUUCCUUAAUCAUUCGUAAUAUGGUUUAAUUGAAAAUUCCAUUGUUAAAUUAUUAUUAUUAUUAUUAUUGGCACAAUUUAAUGUCGGC